AUGCCUCAGAGGCACAAGAAUAAGUGCUGCAACAAUCAGAAUCAACAAGAUUCCCAAGAGUAAGCCCAGAGCCUCAGGAUAUUGGAGGCAGCUUCCACAGUAGAAAAAAAACUCCCCUCAUUCUCAUCUUCUGGUUUGGAGCUUAAUCCUCAGAGCUCAUCAGCUACUGAUCUAACUGGUACUUCCCAGGUGUCUUGGAGAGCUCCAAAAACCUCUAUUACUUCAGGUGCAUUUCACACAAUAUCUGAGAACAGCCAAGAUGAGAUACAUUCAUGUUCCUCUGAGGUCCUAUCUCCAGAGAACACAUGUUGUGACCCUCUAAUUAUGGAGGUGACUAUCUUGAAGAACUUUAUCUUGUACAAGUAUAGAGUGAAGCAGCCCAUUCUGCAGGGAGACCUGCUAACCAUUGUUGACCAAAAGUAAUGCCAACAAUUUGUGGAGAUCCUCAAGAAAGACUCUGACAGCAUUAAGGAUCUCUUUGUGGUUGACAUGAAGGAAAUGGACUCAACAAAACCUCCCUGUGAACUUGUCAACAAACUGAAACUCCCCAAUAAGGGGAGGGUGCAUGCUGGCAUGGGGUUACCCAAGACUAGUCUCCUGAUGAAUAUCUUGGGUGUGAUCUUCAUGAAUGGCAACUGUGCCAGUGAGGAUGAGACCUGGGAAUUCCUGAAUGCCAUGCGAGUGUUCCCUGGGAGGAAACACUACAUCUAUGGGGAACCUAGGAAACGUUUCACCAAAGAUAUAGUGCAGCUAGAGUACCUGGAGUACAGCCAGGUGCCCAACACUGAUCUGCCAUGCUAUGAGUUCUUGUGGGGUCCCAAAGCUUACACAGAAACAACCAAGAUGAAAAUCUUGGAAUUUUGGGCCAAGCUCAACAAUAGCAUAACAAGUGCCUUCCCAUCACAAUAAGAAGAAGCUUUGAGGAAGGAGGUAGAAAGAGCACAAGACAGAUGGGCAGCCAGGGCUGGCACUGAUACCACAGGCCGGAAAUGUUCCAUGGCCUGGUCCACUAUUUUCUCCACAACUAGUAAAAUAUGA